AUGGCUGGUAUUGAAAGUACUGCAAGAGUUGAAGGUUAUAAUUGGAUUAUAAAGCAACAAUUAAAAGCUAAUAGUACCUUAUACAGAAAUAUCUCAAUGUUUGCAAAUAUAAUUGAACUCAAUAACGAAGAAUUAAAUUGUAAGCAGGCUAUGAUCGAAGAAAUAGGACAAGAAGAAGUGUUAGAAAUAUGGAAAGUUGUAGAUAUACGAAGUGAAAGAAAAAAUCAUGUACAUUUCAUUAUUAUUAUCAAUGCAAUAUCCUACCUGUGUUCUUGUCUCAAGUCUAUUUCAAAGGGAAUAAUAUGUCGUCACUAUUUUCGUGUUAUGAUGAAUUCCAAAAUCGCAGCAUUUCAUAUCAGCAUGAUACCUCAGAAAUGGUAUAAGGAUAUUUACCAAGAUAAGACAAACCUGCAAGAAAAAGCUGUUCAUAAAAGAAAUUUAUAUGGUCGUGUAUGGGGAUUAGCACGAACAGCCACUUUACUUGCAGUUGAGCAAGAAGAUGAUGAAAUAACUCUUAUUCUUCAAGAUUAUAUUAGAAGAAAAUCCAAUCGAAAUACACCUAAAAGACUUUCAACAAUAAUUAAUGAAAGAUCCACUAUUGAUGAAGUAUCUGAUAAUCCCUAAGAAAUUCAAAAAAACUAUAAUAAUACUAAUUCUAGAAUAGAGUAGUACAGUCAACUCUCUUUAUAGUCACACAUUUGGGACAGUCCAUAUUUGGUGAUUAUAAAGAGAUGUGACUAUAUAAAAAAUUUCUUAUAUUUGUAUAUCAUAAUUCUGGCCAAAAAUUAACAUAAUUUUAGUCAGAAUUAUACUUAAAACUUUAUUGUAUCAUAACUUCGCCAAUAUUAAUCGUAGAGAGAUGAUCUUACCGCCAUUUGAUUCGUCUUGAUGAGACGGUUCUAAUGGUAUAAAAUACGUCGAAAUACAAUCACUAGAUUAAUUUCCGAAAUUAAAAAAAUAUUAAUGGUUUUUGUGUAAUAACUCUGCCAAUAUUGAUCCUAGAUAGUCGAUCUUACUACCAUUCGAUUCGUCUUGAUGAGACGAAUCUAAUGGUAUAAGAUACAUCGAAAUUCAAUCACUAGAUUAAUUU